AUGUUCAUAAAUAUUCAUAGGAAAUAUUCUCCUCGCAACAGUAGUGAUAUCCAUGCUCGUAAUCUUGUUUCGGAAGAGAAGGGAGAGCGAAGAGUUAGAAAUACGAAGCCUAAGCAAUAUCUUUUUUGCCCAAUUACUCAUCGUUUUUUGACUUAUUACUUAUUGUUUAAGGAGAAGACAAUGGAAUGUGCCAAAGUUAUUGGAUUAGACAGCGAAUACUUGGCAAAGUUAGCUGAACAGAAAAUAAUGCGUGAGGCGGUUUUAAGAAGGAAAGAAGAACGUAGAGGGCUGAAUAUUCAUCAUCAUCGCAGUUCUAAAGAUUUGAAGCAAAAUUUUGGAAAGAAGCUAUCUGAUAAUUUAUUGAAGCGAAUCGAACACAAACCUACCGAAUCCAUUAAAGAUGAUUUCGGACGGAAUGCAACCAAUAUUAUUCGAAGUAGUCCUACUGUAAAAAAUAUAAAGAGCUCAAUAAAUGCCGAAAAAUUCACUGAAAUGAAAUCAGAUGCGACACGAAAUAAUCAAAACAAGAUUUCGAAUGAAUUAAUCAAGGAAGGAAUAAGAAAGAAAGCAUAUCUUGCUGUGGUUGUGGCAACAACAAAUGCUACUGAAAUAAAUGAAAAACUUAUUAAAAUGUUUGCUGAAGAAGCUGGUCGAAUUAAGGUUUUUUUUUCGAAUUUAACCUUAGAUUUUUCGAAUUUUCAUUUUUUUAUAAGCUCAUUCUCAUUUCAUUUCUCGAAAAUAAUAUAUUUUUUACCACAUGUUGCUUGCAACAAAUUUCUGUUAUUUCUAUUAAAUGAAAUCCCAGUCGUGAAAAAUAAUUAUCCAUAUUUGUUUAUUGUCUCUUUACUACAUGCCUUUUUUUUAUAG